UCGUCAUUUGGAAUUGUGUACAAUUUUAAAUCAUCAUCGAUUCCUUCUAAUAAAUGUAGAAAAUAUUUCCUUAGCGAUAAAAGUGUUGGCGUUGACCCAUAUUUGAGUUCCUCAUUUAUAAUCCAACUUCAGCGAAUUAAAUGUAAUGCAUAUUAUUUUGGUUGCGGAUAUGCUCCAGAAUAGAAUGAAUACCAGAACAGAUGUUUUCGUCAUUCCGGUCAUAACCUUGUCCAAAUUCUGAUAAUUAAAGUAGCUAAAUUAGCUAAAGUCAUAACAAAUGGUUUAUUAUUGAAAAUGAAAUGUUUAGUUCUAGUAGUUGUUUUGAUAGAUUUAUGCCAAAAUGUUUUACCUCAAAGAUACAAGACUCUCAAUCAAAAAAUCCAACAAGAAUCACCGUAUACCGAAUUCAAUACCCGCAUUUUAAAUAACAACAGAGAGGCCAGGCUGAAACUUCAUUACGAACAACUGACGAUUUUUGUUCCUGAAAAUGCAGCGUUUCGUCAUUCACAAGCAAAAUACAGAAGCGACUUGAUUUUCUAUCACAUGAGCUACGAAUACAAAACGCUUGAUUUGCUCAACAAGACAAAUUCUUUAUCAUCAGUUAUUUUGGAGAACCCCCCUUUGUGGAUAUCAAGAAGAGAUCGCGAUAUUUUUAUUAACAAUGCCAAAAUCAUUCCAGAAAAAUCCAAUUACAUUACCAGAAGUAGGACAGGAGAUUCUGGAAAAGAACAGGUUCUUCAUGUGAUAGACUCGGUUUUGGAUCCAAUAAUAACAUCUUCACAAUCCUCACCAAGCGCUUACGAUUUUUUGCAAUCAAUAACAAAUUGGAAUCUAGGCGCUGCCAAGACAGUCUCGAAUUUUUUAACCAAAGUUCAAGAAACGAAACUUCAAUACAUUUUCAAACAGAAUGCGGGUCAUACGUAUUUCAUACCUUUGGAUUCCGGCAUAGAUCCUUAUAAAUUUAAAAUGAUCAACAAGAACAUAAUUUUUGGACACGUCAUACCAUUUUAUGUACUGUUUACCAAGCCUACUCCAGAGAAUGUUGCGUUUGAAUCUUUGGCGAACGAUGAAGAUGUCUAUAUUGUUUUAUCUUUUGAAGAAAAAUACGGAAAAAUGUAUAUUAAAGGGCUUAUGAAGGGUAGUUUUGGAGAGGGGGAGUUUUUUUCCGAGAUAAUAGUACCUAAUAUUCCAGUAAACAAUGGCGUAGUACAUCUAAUAUCGCAGCCUUUAGGCAUCUACAAGAGGCAUUUAAAACCUUUUCCAUAUGUAUCAGUAUUAGAGAAACUUAGCUCAAAUCCGGAGAAUGAUGUAUUCUACAAUAUGGGCCAAAAAACUGGAUUCAAUAAAAUUUUUACGAAGGAGAACUUAAGUUUUACAUAUUUCGUGCCAAACGAUUCAGCUUGGACAUUGACUCAGAACGAUGAUUUAGAACCUGUUGAAAAAGACUUAGAUAUCUUGAGUAGACAUUUAAUAAUAUCAGAAUCUCCAUAUUCAGUGGAACAACUGGUAUCUUUGACCAAAGCAAACAAGUUUACUGACAUAGAGUUGCAGACGAAAGGAGGGCCCUUAAGAAUAAUGGUCUUAAUUAUAAAAGGAGAUUACUAUUUGAGAUGGAACAACAGGUACAUCAAGAUAAUUAGACCUGAUUACGAAUGCACUAAUGGCGUCAUACAUAUAUUGGCUAGUCCAAUGACCAAUUUUCGACGUAAAGAUAUGACUUUGCUGGAGGUGGGUGGAAAAGUUUUUAAAGAAUAUUGGAAAACACUUAGUGAAUACUAUGAAAAUGCUGGAAUGAUGACACAGGAAGAUAGAGAUUAAAAAAUGGUGUCGUAAGGUCCACUAACAGAAGAAAAAUAAAAUAACAAUGUCAUUUAUAGUACCUGAAAGUUGUAUGGAAAUAAAAUAUCUGUAAUCGUU